AUGGUUUCAGUAAAUUCUUCUAGAAAGCCUAAGGAACAAAAGAAGUUGUUAAAAAAAAUUAAAGAAGAUUGUGUAGCUAUUGAUAAUAAAAAUAAUGUAUGCAUUAAAGAACCUACUAAAUCUAAAAAAUAUUGUGAUUUAGAUUAUAAAUUGGAUCAAUAUAAUACUAAUGUAUAUAAUGAUACAAACCUUUAUAAUAUAUUUGCAAUACCAUUGUGUUUAUUUAUAUUGGUAUUCUUAAGCAUAUUCAUAUCAAAUAUUUUUGAUUUUCAUUAUAAUUUAUCUAAUUAUGACCCUAUUAUUAAUCAAAAAUAUAUUAAUAAACUGAAAUUGUCCACAGAUGAACUAAUAGAUAGAGUUCGUAUAGAAGAUAUACAAUCGGCUAUGGAAUUAUUAAUUCAACAGGUAGAUAACCGUUUCAAUCACACUAUUUUAUGGGUUAAAGAACAGCAAGACCAUUUAAAUGAUAAAGUACGUUAUAAUACAGAAUUAUCAAAUAAUUUGGUACAUCAACUUGAUGAAUUAGAAAAGGAUAUUACCCUGAAAUUAGAUAGAGUAGAACAAGUUGCUACUGAAGCUUCAAUAUUAUCAAAAACUAAGAAUUCUUAA